UUUCUCGAAGACGUGUCGUAUUUUCAUUCAAAGAAGUUGGACGAGGGGAGUUGUUGGCUUGAUCCAGCGCGUGCGAGACACGUCGCUUUACGGCUUUGCCUAGUAAGUCGUCGCGCAUUGAGGUAGAUCAAUUGUGCAAGUGUCGUCGUCGUCAUCAUUUGGCCAGCGGCGUCGAGAGAGGGUUCCUUGCGGCGAGACGCGGACGCAGAAAAAGACCUGCGAUGCGACGAUUCAGCGGUGAAAUGCCUGCGCUCUUGCUGAUCCUCGCGGUGUGCCUGCAAUCGCCGUUCAUUGUCUCCGGCAAAUCCUUGAAGGAAGGUGAAUGCGAGGUGUGCGUGGGUGUUCUCAAGAAGCUGCACAAUCGGCUUGAAGUGGAAGAGAGGACCAACGAGGACUCCAUCACAGCGGGAUUCAUGGAAUUCUGCAAGGAGUCUAAAGGACCAGAGCAUCGCUUUUGCUACUAUGUGGGUGGCCUUGAAGAGUCUGCUACACGUAUUGUGGGUGAGAUGGCCAAGCCCUUCAGCUGGGGCAUGCCCCACUUGAAGGUGUGCGAGAAGCUGCUGGCCAAGGAUGCCCAGAUCUGCGACCUCAAGUACCCAAAGGUUAUCGACUUGAAGACUGUGGACCUGAAGAAGCUCAAGGUCAAGGACCUGAAGAAGAUCCUCAACGACUGGGACGAGCGGUGCGAAGGCUGUGUCGAGAAGACGGAUUUUGUCAGGAGAAUAGAGGAGCUCAAGAAGGUUCACAUGCGCGAAGAACUUUGACCUCCACGCAACGUGUCUUGUCUCACUGUACAAAUGGACCACCACAAUGGCUGCCACUGCAAGACAAUUCACUCUCUCUGGUCACCGAUCCUUUUGCCCCCCUCCUUUUUGUUGUUGUUAUUGUUUGCAAGGCAGUGGUUACAUUUUCGGGGAAAGGGUGGGUAGCAUUCUAAUUUAUCAACUUUUUACACUGCUUCUAUGUACAGGGCAUUGAGUAAAGGACUCCCAUUUUUUUUUCUUUUCAUGCGUGUACGCACAGGAAGUCAUAUUUUCGUUCCUUCACACAUGAAACUCUGUGCGCUCAUUGUACUGUUCGAAGUGGCCUGGAAUGAAGCCCUCAUGUUGUGAUGACUACGUUCUGGGUGGACAGCAUUGGGACUAAAAAUGGAAACUUAUUCAUUGGCAAGCAAAAUUAAAACUCUUUGUGCGUUCUC